UAUAGGAAAACUUUGGAUGAUACACCUCCAAGAUUUGAUAAAACACUUGAAGAUUUCUUUUCAAUUUGCAAUCAAAUUGAACUGCAUCUGAAAGCUAUUCAAGAAUGCAUUUUGCAACAGAAAGAUAGUGUGCAGUAUUUACCGCUCCAUGUCACCCUUGGAAAACAAGAUCCUUCAAGCGGGCCAUCUCAAGAUGGUAAUUUAUCAUAUACGCAAUACUUGAGUACAAUUAAAGGACAGGUGAAUUUUGCCAAAGCAGUGCAAGAAAUGCUUGCUGAUGGUGCAAGGAAAAUAACACAGGCUGAAUAAAUUACUGUAAAUUAUUGUUUCUGUGUAUGUUUAUCCAGAAAUUAAAUAUAUCCAAAUAUUUGGUAGCACGAGAAAAAUAUUUUAGAAUUAAUUUCAUUCAUAAUUUUUCAUAUUGAAAUUCCUUUUGGUAGAUAAUGUAAUUUUUUUUAAAGAAGUAUGAAUAAUUUCUCUCUACGUUAAUAAAAAAUAAUAAACUUUUUAAAUAAGGAAAAAAAACUAUGUAUAAAACUGGUUUUGUCUUUGUUUGUUUAUGUGCUUUCCUUUAAAAAAAAUAUGUUAUUUUAAAAGUGUUAAGUGUCCCUUUCUUUAUAAUUACAACAGUUCAUUUGUCUCAAAAAAUAAAAGAAUUAUAAAUAAUAAUAAAGAAUUUGUGUGGGUGUA